GGUUCACCGGGUGAUUACAGUGGCAGCACGAUGAAAUGCAAACACGAGGCUGAUGUUUCCUAAUCUGCAGGUACGUCGCGACUUGACUACCGUCUUCUCAGCUGCUGCUGUGAUGCAACUAUGUGAGGUUGUACGGUUAUUCAGCCGCCGCGUUCCCAAACACAAAGCUAACAACGACUAUCCAAACGCUCUGCGCACAUGAUCUCAUCGCGUUGAAGACCUCCAUGGUCCUCCAUGCUUCCACAAGAACAUUCCGAGUGUAGUUGCGGCUAUUUUUACACAACGUGCCACACACGAACUAUCAAUUGCGGGAACCCGGCAGGGGAGAUUUUUGAUGGGUCUAAAAGGAGGCUGGCGCCAUCCUGGAGGUCCUCAGCACCUCGUAACGUGAGCCCUACCCCCGCCUCGGAAAUUGAGAAUCCCAUGCCAGCGGCGCAAGGCCCCAGCGGUGACCUGCACAGAGGACAAGCCACGAGCCUAACGUGGUUUGGUGCACCGGUGGAAAAAGGCUUAUCUCUCCCAAUACAACGUUGCAGCUUUAACCCCGGUUUUCAUCCGUGUACAGCUAGGACGGGUGAUCCUGAUCCUAUCAUCUCAGCAAGAUGACGCCGCUGCGGCAGGUCAAGAUAAAAGAGUCGGUCUGUCCUGGUGUUGGAAACUCCAGCAGCGAUCCCAACCUCCUGCCGACUCUGA